CGCCCUCGAGUAGCAGGCUAGCAUCAGACAGAUCUUCCUCCACACCUACCCACUGGCGGCGACGGCGAUGGCGAUGGCGGCUUCACCAGCAACAUCAUCCGCGGUCUCGAGAGCCGCCUCCCACGCGCGUCUAUCCAACGCGCCCCUUCGCGCGCCGAGAGCCGCCGCCGCCGUCUCGUUCCCUUCGGCCCGCUCCGUUCGUCCGGCCGCGCUGGUCGCGGAUGCUCGGGCUUCUCGGCUCCCCGUCGUGGCCGCGGCCGCUCCGGGGCACCAGCGGCUGAUGGGGUCGCUGACGAACACCGAGGGGCUCAGAUUCGGCGUGGUUGUGGCACGGUUCAACGAGAUAGUGACCAACUUGCUUCUGCAAGGGGCUCUAGAGGCAUUCGAGCGAUACUCCAUCAAAGCAGAAAACAUAACAGUUGUUAGCGUUCCUGGCAGCUUUGAAAUUCCUGUUGCAGCACAGAAGCUUGGCAAGUCUGGAAAGUAUGACGCAAUUUUGUGCAUUGGGGCUGUGAUUAGAGGUGAUACAACCCACUAUGAUGCCGUUGCAAACUCUGCUGCGUCAGGUGUACUCUCUGCUGGAUUGUCUGCCGGUAUCCCCUGCGUAUUUGGUGUUCUGACAUGUGAUGACAUGGACCAGGCGCUAAAUCGUGCUGGUGGCAAGGCUGGAAAUAAGGGUGCUGAAACCGCUAUAACUGCUAUUGAGAUGGCCUCGCUGUUUCGGCAUCAAUUAGGCUGACACCGUUCCCUUGGGCCAGCGAGAUUUUGUUUCAACCAUCCACGGCUAUCAGAGUUCCUUUUUAGAUUGUUUCAAACCUUUUUUUUAUUGCUGCAGGGGUCUGUAUUUAUGCACUCUGAUUGCUUGUCAACAGACUUUGAAGUCUAGAGAGUGAAUAAACACAUGGUCAUGAAUAAAUAAGUUGCAUCAUUGCGUCA